AGCGAUAGAAGGGGAAUAAGAGAAUAUAGUUGCAAGAAAUUAAAAUUAGUUACGAUUCAAUAGUCGUUCUGAUCGGACUUAAUUUUUCUUGAAGUUGAAAAAUAUUUUUUAUUUAUUUAUUUGAAAUGGCUCAAAAUGAAAAAAUUGGAAUAAUUGGCAGUGGUCUUAUUGGACGUAGUUGGGCUAUGUUAUUUGCCAGUGUUGGGUAUCAAGUAACUGUUUAUGAUAUAGUACAAGAACAAAUUAAUAAUGCACUAGCAGAUAUUAAUCAACAGCUAAAAAAACUUGAGUCUGAUGGAUUACUUCGAGGUAGUCUUACUGCAAAACAACAAUUCGAGCUUAUAAAAGGUACAUCAAGCUUGUCUGAAAUUGCUAAAAGAGCAAAGCUCAUUCAAGAAUGUAUUCCAGAAAAUUUAGAAUUAAAAAAAAAGUUGUACGGAGAAUUAGAUAAGGUUGUAGACGAUAAUACAAUUUUAUCCUCAUCUACUUCUACAUUUAAACCAUCGUUGUUCAGCGAAAAUCUUAAACAUCGUGCUCAAGUUAUCGUAUCACAUCCUGUGAAUCCACCUUAUUACGUGCCUCUUGUAGAAAUUGUACCAAGUCCAUGGACGCGUUCUGAUAUUCCUGAGAAAACCAAAGCAAUUAUGACAGAAAUUGGUCAAGCACCAGUUGUAUUCACUCGAGAAAUUGAUGGAUUUGCUUUGAAUAGAAUACAGUAUGCUAUUCUCAAUGAGGCUUGGAGACUUGUGAAUGACGGAGUUAUCAGCGUCAAAGACAUUGAUACUGUUAUGAGUGAAGGUUUAGGAAUGCGUUAUGCAUUUUUAGGUGCAUUUGAAGCAGCUCAUCUCAAUGCAGAAGGUAUGAAGAAAUACUGUGAAACUUAUAAUAAAUCAAUUUAUGAUGUAAGUCAAACAUUUGGACCAACACCAAAAUUCGUCGGAGCUGCUGCUGAUAAUAUUUCAAAACAGCUUGAAGAAAUUUGUCCACUGGAUAAAUUACAAGAACGUCGAGCAUGGAGAGAUGUAGCUCUUACGAAAUUAUCCAUUUUAAAGAAAGAGCUUAAAAAUAAGUAAUAAAUAAAAAAGAAUCAUCAAAUCUUACGUCCGUAAGAAUAUUCUUACAUUGUUUUGUUUUUGAAUUUGAUAUCAGUUUGUGAAUAUGUAUAACUUUUGGGAAACUAAUUCAAGGGAAUAAAAGUGAUUGUUUGGA